GCAGUACUAGCAGCUUCAGCCUUUUUGGCAUUUUGUGUGUGCGUAACAUCCUCAAGGACAGUGCCCAUGUUGGACACGUCAAAUGUAUCCAUGAUGUUUGCGUGGACACGAAAUACGCGUGAAGAGAAUGUGCGGUUGGCCGUUAUAGUUCAGAUCCAGGAUGCUGAGCCCUGCGGAAAUAGAAGGAGACAGACUUAGAGGGGUUCACUCAUGGACGGAAGGCAAGAGGGGGACGACUUUUGAUCGAAGCAAAGAUCGGUUUGAAGAGUGUGGGUAAAAGGAUGAAAGGAAAGAUGGAAGAAAGUUGCUGGAGGAAUAGGAAGAGGAAAAGGAAGAGAGUGCGGGGUUGCAAAGACAACAAACAGAAGAGUGAAUAUAAUAAAAUGUUUCUCGGGCGAUACACACCGAGCAUGAGCUGUUUGGUUGGGACUACUACUAUGUACUUUCUUGUACUCACCAAUAGGAGGGUCUCAGAGGAGCAGUGAAUGUCAGGAUGCAGCUGACUUCGGUUGGACGGUGCGGCAAGAAACAGAAUCAGAGUGAGUAAAUGGGGUCUGGCUUAUAGAAAGGACUUCAGGUGAUACUG